AUGUCCUUCGAACUAAAAGAGAAGGGCAACCAGCUCUUCAAGGAAGGCGACUAUAAUGGUGCGGAGGAGCUCUACUCUCAAGCUAUCCAGAAGAACCCGCGCGAACCCACCUUUUUCACGAACCGUGCCCUCACCCGGAUAAGGCUGGAGAAAUGGGCAGGCGUGGAACACGACGCGCGCACGGCGAUUGAGCUGUACGGCUCCAAGAACCCCCAGAGCCACAAGAGCUGCUGGUACCUCGCGCAGGCGCUCCUGGGCCUCGGGCGCCCGCAGGAGGCGUACGAGGUAGCCAUCGAUGCCUACCGAGCAAGUCUAGCCGCCAAGAGCGCGCAGACGGAGAACCUGUCCAAGACGGUCCUGCGGGCCAAGCAGCAGAUCUGGGCUGCGAAGGAGACUGCCCGGCUGCGGGAGAUGAAUGAUACUCUGGCGACGGUGGAGUCGCUGAUUGAGGCCGAUCUCAACAGAGAGCUUGCGGAGCUACAGGCGAAACUGGACAAGGGCGAGAUUGGACAGACGGGGUUCGUGGAGGAUCAGAAGGCGCUCCGUGCGGAUGCGGAGAAGAAUAUCCAAAAUGUCCGGGAGGCGUUCCGCAUUGCGUCCAAUGGAGAUAUCCAGGAGAGGGUUGUGCCCGAUUACCUCGUUGAUGGUAUCACUUUUGAGAUCAUGCAUGAUCCCGUCAUCACACCCAGCGGCACCAGCUUCGAUCGUAUCGGAAUCAUCAAAUACGUCGAACAGUCCGGCGUGGACCCUAUCACCCGGGUGCCCAUGACCGUCAACGAUCUCCGGCCCAACUAUGCGCUGAAAGCUGCGUGUGAGGAGUUUCUCAACAAGAACGGUUGGGCUGUGGACUGGUAG